AGUAACUCUCGAAAGAUAAUAUCCAAAUAGGAGAUGGAAAGCCUGGAACAGAGUAACCGAUCGUGGCCUUCCUCCUUCACUUUCCAGUUUCCUCCGACUCGGGACCGGGUCGGAUUCUCUCCCGAGCAGCUCCGUCGCGGUCUUCGCCGUCGCACCUACAUUUUCACCCUCCGGUUGGAGAAGAUUCGUACUCCAAUCACGCCGACGCCAUUGGAGAAGAUUCGUACUCCAAUCUACACAGGAGGUCAAUAUGGUGAGUCUCAAUUCGAUUAAUAUUAUCUGCUGCCCGCUGUCGUGAUUAUUAUUAUCAUCAGUAUUAGGUGCAUUCUUUCGUUUUCAUAAAUGAAUGACAAAGCAAAUUAGGUAUGUCAGCGUCUGAACUUUUCCUGGAAUUUCGACUAGCUAGGGUUCCACCAAUAAUCUGAAUUUGUUUGAAUAUGGAUAGAUGCCAGGAUUGACUCCCACGUUCUUAUUAUUAUAUUUUGAGCCCGUAAAUCUAAUCGAUGAUGUCUAAAUUGUGAAAUCGUACCAAAAGAUCAGAUUUGAGAUGAACAGUUUAAGGUGAAACAAAAUUACAAUAUAGUAUCGCGAUAGAAACAGACCGAUUUAAUCAGUAAUACGUAGUUCAGAAGAUACAGUCGAGCAAUCACAUCCUGAAAUUCAAAAGUCAAAAUGGAACAUAUUCGAAUAUUCAUUGAUGCCAAAAUGAAGAAGUUGAACUUUACUUGUUCUUGCUAACCUAACAAUGGGGGUGGGGGAAAGGAAAUAAAAAUUGGGGAAGAAGGCAUUUUGUCACGUUCUUCUUCUUCUUCCAAGAUAAACAAAACAUUACAUGUGGAGUUAUUGUUCCAUUUAGUCUUUCAUUUGAAUUUUCUGGUAGUGCUUCAACUCUUUGCCAUUUGUAUAUUGUUAAAACAAAUUUUCCAAUUGGUCGCCUUAUAUAAUACUGAAUUUGACCUUUUCCAUGAUUUGAUCCUGAUGCACUGGAUUGGUGCAUGCAAUACUUUUUUAUAUACUAUCAAUUAACAAUUCUCAUAAUAUCAAAUACAAACUCCACAAGGAACACCGCCCAAAAAGUCCAAUCCCCAAUAGUAGACAGGGUCUCUUUAUUUUAAUGCGAACAAAAAGCCACCUAUAUGUUGUUUGUUAACAAUUCUCCUCCACGACACUGCAAGUUUAUAACCACUUACCAGACACUUCGCUUGUUUAUUUCUGUUGUAACAACCAUAGGAGGGCCAAAACUAUAGCCCACAUAAGCUGGAAAAGGCCAAUUGGGAGUUGGAACUUGUCUCUGCUUGUCAGCUUGUGUCUGAUUUGGACGACUUUGGCUACCCUUUUCCUUGGCUGUUUUUCCUAUUUAAAGGGAGGUCUUCGUCGGAGCUGUAGCAGCAGGCAGAAGAAGCUGGAGAUGAUGGGGAGCAAGCAGCUUAAUAAUGGAGAAGUGAGGUUCUGAAAAUCCUGGACAGAGUUGAUAACGGUGCCAAAUCCAGGUAAAGAUUGAUGCAAGUUCAAGCCAUUAUGCCAAAAAAUAGGGGAAGAAAUUGAAUGGCAAAGCACACUUUUUCCUUCUCUUCUGAUCUCUUUAUUCUCUAGGUUGAUCAUGAGAGUUUGAUAGUCAGUAAUAACUAUCAAGUAAGGAUCUUUCUUCCCAAUCAGUGGGAAGUGGAGCAUAGUUUAGAUCUGAUUUGCAGGAGUUGACCUCUUUCUAUCUACUUACUUUCUGGGUUUCGUCUGGUGUAGAAUGUUUCCAGGAAGGAAACACCUGGGAAGGUUUAGAGCAACUUCAUUGGUUGCAUCAGGGUCCUACAUGUCUUUAACCAUUAUUAGUACAGUCAUAAUCAUUACAGUUUGCAGCAUAUAACAGAAGGGGAGGGGGGGACUUUGUUCAAGGAAAAAAAAGCAGAACCAACCCCCACUCAGCCUGCCUUUUUCAGUUUUCAGCUCAGCUUCUCAAUAAAGGGACAAACUCAAACUUUGACCAAAUUGAAAGAUACUGCUGACUAAUAAUGACAGCUCCAAGCAACUUAGUUCUGACCCUUUGUUGUGCUUUACUCACAUUGCCAGAAUGAUGCUUGCAUUUCGUGGCUGCUUUUUCAAACAUAAGAUCAAGAAACAGACCCGGUAUGAAGCCAAUGCUCUUCUGGCUUCACAAACACCAUUCACAAUCAAUGAAAUAGAGGCUUUGUACAAUCUGUUCAAGAAGCUAAGCAGCACCAUAAUUGAUGAUGACCUUAUUCACAAGGAAGAAUUCCUAUUAGCACUUUUCAGAAGUAGGAAUACUAACAACCUUUUUGCUGAGAGGACAUUUCAUCUGUUUGAUAUAAAGCACAAUGGGGUGAUAGAGUUUGGUGAAUUUGUUCGUUCGUUAAGCAUCUUCCAUCCUCGAGCUCCGGUAGCUGACAAAAUUUCAUUUGCAUUCAGGUUAUAUGAUCUUAGAGAAACUGGCUACAUAGAACGAGAUGAGUUGAAGGAGAUGGUACUAGCUAUCCUGAGUGAAUCAGACUUAACACUUUCUGAAGAUACCAUCGAGUCCAUGGUCGAUAAGACACUUGCAGAAGCAGAUUUGAAUGGUGAUGGAAAGAUUGAUGAACAGGAAUGGGAGGAACUGGUAGCAAAGCAUCCAUCUCUCAUAAAGAACAUGACAAUUCCAUACCUAAGGGACCUGACUGUUACAUUUCCAAGCUUUGUUCUGAACACUGAAGUUCCUGACUGAAGGCAAAUCAUCACUGCCAUCAUCACUAGCAUGUUCUAAAGCUUAUAAUGAAAGCAUUGUACAAUUUAUUUAUUUUUCUUCUAGCUUCUUCCUUGCUUCCUCUUUUCAACAGAAUGAAGAGGAUAGUUGAAUACAGUUCCUGGGGGAAAAAGGGAUUGGUAUUUAGUAAACUUCCAUAGGGCUGCAUGGGUUCAUCUUUUGCAUAGGAAUUUUUUCUUUGGCUUGAAAUAUUGCAAAUGAAUAUAUUACACACUCAUAGCUUAUUAGCUUUACUCCUUUAAUCUUGUUUUUAGUAGUUCAGAAACUAUUGAGACACUCAAUUUAAUACAGUCAUUUACUAAAUUGUAUAACUACCUGUAGAUUGGGAAAAUACUCACUACAGGAAAUUGAAUGACUAAAGAGAAAAAUCGAUAUGAACAAAUGUAAUCAAACAAUCAGCGAAAAUAACAAAAUCUAAAGAUUUGACUUGAUGUCGUAACAUCAUAUCAAACCCUUCAUAUCUAUUAUUUGAAACCUAUAAAUAUUAUUUUUAUGC